ACCUCAAGUGAUCCUCCCAUCUCGGCCUCCCAAAGUGCUGGAAUUACAGGUAUGAGCCACCGUGCCCGGCUGCAAUACUAUUAACUUAAUAAAAGACCUGGCCAUUAUAUUUGUCUAUUAUCAGGUGGGUUAAUUAUUUACAAGAAUGCUGAGGUUAAUGUUGUGGGAGAACUUCAGACUGCUUCAAAGUCUCCAGGAAACAAGGUUUGCCCUGUCUAACCUGCACAUUUCUUCUGAAUAUGUAUAAAUCUAUUAAAUGACCUGUUUUGAAAGAAACUCACAUGCGCUGUUUUGUGAACAGCCGUAUACCCUUGUGAUAACCUUGUCGGCUUCUCCCCCCUUCCUUUUGUCGUGGUCACUCACAUGAAUGGUGCUUAAGCGUUAGCAUUGCUUGGACAUCUUGUUGACAGAAACGCCAAUAACAAUUUUGAAAUCUCAGAGCGGAUGGACAAGUGCACCAUCCAAAGUCAGCCAAAGCUACUUGCCUCCAUUUACACUCACAUGCAGUGUUGUCAGGGGAGUCCUUUCACUUCUCUGAGCUUCAGUUUCACCACUGAGGAAGAGGGAAAGACAGCAUUUAUCUCUGAGGAUGGUGAAGAUCAAAUGCGCUUACUCAUGAGAAAUUGUCACUAAUAGUAUUGCAUACAAAUGGUUGCAGAGAAGCUCUUUCUCCCCACCCUGGUGUCCCAUGAGGAUGUUCCUUGUCCCGUGGUUUUACCCAGGUUGACUCUGUGACUUACAACAGACCUUUGUUCAUCAUGCUAUCACCACAGCUAUCUUGGGAUGAUUAUUUAAAUUUUUUAUUUGGAUUUAUACAAUUGGAUUUUUGGGAUAUCUUAUCAAAUCAGUUCUUAACUUAUUACAUGUGGAAAUGCCAAACAGAGGAUGCUCGCCUAAAACAAAUGAAAAGGGAAUCAUGUGAGUUUAGCAGCAGCAAAGUAAAAAUUAAUGAUGCUUAAUAUUUUUGUAAAGAAACAGAACAUUUUAUUUUGCCAGGGGCUUGUUGCCUACAGUGUGUCUGCUACUGAAUAAUCACCUCAUUUUCAAUGUGCCAUAUCAAUAAAUGAUAGCUAUUUUCAGCCCUUGAGAAACUGUCCAAAAGAGACUUUUGUGCUCACCGAAGGAAUAGACCUGAAAUAUCUAUUUAAGAAAAUUAUAUGUAAAAUGAUAUUUAACACAGUUUUGGAAAUGAAUAAUAAUCAUGCCAGCUCAAUUGUAUUCCUUUUUACAUAUUCUUCCUACUUUUUGUGACAAUUACAGGCAUACAACUUUUACAGAAGCUUUACAUAGCUUCCCUCACAAAGUAUAUGAGGGUCUUUUCUUGGCUUUAACGUUGCAUCAUGAUGGUUUUCCGUAUUACAAUAUUAUCUUCCUGUUUAUAAUUGUAAUGAAUUGUACUCUUCCAUUUGUUGAACAUGUCAUAAUUCUCCAGACACUUCCUGGUUGUUAAACAUUUAGGUUGUUUCUGUUUUAUGUAUUAUUGUUAAUGCAGCUAUUAUUUUUUGCCCAUAGUGGCUUCUCUUACAUUGUUUUCUUAGGAUAGCCUCCCAGAAAUAGAAUCACUGUUGAAAGAAUGUGGAUACCUUUCUAAUUCAUGAUCCAUCACAUUAUGUUUCUUUUUAAAAGGGCUGUUGCACAGCUCUGGCUGUUUCAGUCUUCUUUCAUAGCAUAGGGCGGCACUAAGGAUGGUCCUUAUACCAGAUGUUUAUGGACAGGUGGAUUUAUAGUCUUACACUGGAAAACAACUUAACCUUGGGGUUUAUUUAAAUGGAAAAGCCUAAGAAGAAGCUAGGACUAUACCAAGGCAGAAGUUUCUAAGUUGUGCCUUUUUUUACUGGUACAACUGAUGGUAUCACAUCAUAACACUUGGCAGCUAAUUGUGUCCAACUGGUGAGUUAUUCCAUUGUGUGUGUUUGUCACAGGUGUAGGUAGACUCUUGAAUGCCGGUUCUGUCGGAAUUGAGAGAAAGAGAGGGUGCUAGGCAUAAAACGUACCAUAAACGUGACUCACAUGGCUGUUUAAAAAGCUUUGAUUUAUUUUUGGGCAGAAGUUGAAAAUCUUACUGCCUCCAGGGGCCUGGCAGGUAAAGCACACAGGAACUGCACACAAAUGUGUGCAGGACAGGGUGUCAGGGAUAGGGUAAAGCGGAAGUGCAGGCCUUGUCUGAAAGGGGGCACUGCUGCUUGGCCCCAUCUCAUGGCUGCCACAAGGGAAUGCAGCCCAACGUAUUUUUAGAGCUUGCAGUUUUUCAAAAGAAUUUGGAAAUUUGGAUAGUAUCUGAUCUUUACAAGUGCCAACUAAUGUAAACAUUUAAAAAACACUGUAGGCAUAAUGAAACUGUCCUGAAGCUUGAUUGGCUCGUUGCUGCCAGUUUGUGGGUGCUCUCAUUUGACUAUAGCUAUGAUCCUGUGAAGUAGGCCAAAGGUAAUUUUUUAUACAAACAAGGAAGGCUUAGAAGUUAUUGUUCAACAGUUCAUGAACUGUGCCUGUCCCAUUAGGAUGUGAGCUUCCUGAAAGCAGGGCUAUUGUCUCUUUUCUGCAAUGCUCAUAGCCCAGCUCCUAGAAUAGUUUCUGGUGCAUAUUGGACACUCAAUAAAUAUUGAAUUAAUGAGUGAUGAACAAAUGAAAAGAGGUUAAAUCACAUGGCAAAUAAUAUCUACAUUUAUGUGCCAGGUAUUCCUCAUGUUUUUUCUCAUUUUAAUAUAUACAACAUUUUGUGAAAGUAAAAUUAUUACCUCCAUUUUAUGGGUAAGUAAACUGAAGCUCAGAGACAUAAAGUAAUUUGCUUGAAUUCAUAUAACUCUUAAGAUGUAGAGUCAGAACCCAGAUCUUCCAACUGGGUCUUGGCUCAUUGACUUUGUCCUCAAACUAGCUUCUUUCAUUGUUAAGAGGUGGCUGCUAUAGAUUCAGUUAUUACAUCCAGAAUCUACAGGAAGAAGAGGGGCUUGUUUCUUCCUCGUAUCUUUUCUUAAGAACAGAGAAACAUUUCCCAGAGGCUUCUCUCCAUAGGUCAUUGGCUAGAUACUUCCCAUUCUGUGCCUCAUCACUCACUCACAUGGAAACGGGAGACCAGUCCAAAACCAGUCCCUGAACCAAGGGACUGGGCCCAGAUGGCCACUGGAGAGAGCAGCUAAGAGUUGAAUGCUAACAAAGCCAGGGUUAUGAUGGAAUAGAGGAAGGGAUGGACUACCGGCUCUGUCUGCUGCAGCAGGCUGUGUGUGAAAGCAAAAAUACAGAGUUUUUCCUUGAGCGUUUCAUUUUGGGGAAGAAAGUAGAUGACUGUUAAAGCUACUUAUUCAUGACACAAAGUUAUGUUUUGGAAAAACUUACUCUGAAGCUCCAGAGUGUUAGAGACACCUUUAGAGGGUUGGUUUUGCUCUGAAAUUUCACAGCUGGUCAAGUCAGUGACCUACAAGAAUGUUUCAGGGAAAUACCAAGGGUACCAUUUAAAGAACUGCAUUUAUAGCUACGUCAGGCUGCAAUUCACAUCAUCCUACUGGUGUGUCAUCAGCAAGAAUUAUGUGUAUAAUUAGACAAAAAUGUUUAUGAAUUUAUACCAAGGAAUAAGGAAGUGUAGUAGAAGCAGUGCAAGGCAUUGGUUAGGAAGACUGGCCUUGGAAUCAGACCAAGGUCCAUAACCCAUUUCUGCUGCUUCAUUAUCUAAAGAAUAAUAAGGCAAAUUACUUAAUCUCUUUAACUUGAGUUUCUUUACCUAUAAGAUAAGGAUAAUAAUAUCUACUCUUUAUGGUUCUUGUAAGGAUUAAAUGAGAUACUGUCUGUAGUGAUGCUUGCUAGAAGCUUGACCUGUGGCAAGUGCUUUGUAAACAGCAGCUCUGUAUCACUGUUAUUUUCACUUAGCGCCAACACCAGUAUUUUGGCUAUUACUCAAUCCCCAGGCCAGUGUUUCGCAAUAUUAUAAUUUCCAGUAAUAACUUUUUUUCUUUAUCAAGAGGUUUAGUAUUUAUGCCAGUAUUGGUCUCCCGAUACUUUUGAUAGAUUUAUAAUUUCAGUUGUACACUUAAUCACCUUUGUCAGUCUCCCCAAAGUCACCAGAUGGUUAACAGCAUGACGAUGAAGACCUGAGGCUUCAAAAGGAACAAACCUAAGUGAUGUAUGUGGGAAUUAUUCUUGUUGCCUUAGCCUCACUACCCUGCUCUGUAUGCACUCUCUGAAAUAAUCAGCCACCAAUUUGUUCCAUCUUCAAAGAUGCACACUUACAAAUUUCUGUUAUGAGCCAUUUUCUUGAGAAAGUUGUGUUCUUAAAGUAAAUGCUUUUUAUUAGGCAAUUUGUUUUGCUCGUAAUUUACCAGGUGGUACGUAGUCUUUGUUCAUGAAAUAAUCCACACAUUGUCAUAGUUGAAAUGAUAUUUCAUUUAAUUAAUGUUAGGAUUUCUUCCAGUGAUCACAAUAAAAUUAUAAAAUAACUGGGUAAUUUGCUCAAUUCUGUAGAAGAAGUAGGUGUUGAAACUCUUAUUUUUCCUCUCAAAAAAUUCAUCCCUGACUGUAAUUAAGAAGCCUGUUUGACAAGCCUUGGAAUACCUUAAGAAGCACCUUAUCUCACAGUUUCUAUGGGGUCAGAAUCCAGAAAUAGCUUAGCUGGGUCCUAGGCUAAGGGUAUCACAAAGCUGCUGUCAGGUUGUCAGUGAGACCGUCCUUAACUGGAGGUUCAAUUUAGGGGAAAUUCUGCAUCCGGGCUCACUUGGGAUGUUUGUGAAAAAGCAAAAAACAAAAGACCCUGAGAUCUUCAUGUUUCUUGCUGUCUGUUGGAGGCUGCCCUCAGCAUCUACAGCCUGCCCAUGGUUCCCUGCCAAAUGGCUUUCUCCUAGGUGUGCAGCAUGGCAGUUUGCUUCUUCAAGGACAGUGGGAGAGCGAGAGUGGCUAGCAGGCCUGAGUCAUAUAUAACAUGACAUAAUUGUGAGAGUCAGGUUCCUUCACAGGUGCCAUAUUCUGUUGGGUAGAAGCAAGUCACAGGUCCCUCCCACGCUCAAGGGAAGGGAUUACAUAAAGAUGUGAACGACCAGAGCCAGGACCAUAGGGGUACCUUAGAGCCUGCCCACCACAAGGAGCUUUGUGUAUUGUGACCACUACUGAAUCCUUAGUGCCCUAAAAUGGUGCCUGACACAUGCUAGGGAUUCAAUAAAUACUUACAGUUGAAUGAAUGAAUGAAUGAAUGAAUGAAUGCAGAUAUUACUUCUUUGAAGUAUGUAUUGCUAAUGUUUUGUCCCCAAGCCUGUGGCUUACCUUUUGGUUUUGUUUAUUAAUCACAUGUUUUAAUACAGAAAUGUUAAAUUUUAAUUUAGACAAAUUAACAAUUUUUUUUUAUCUUGGUUUGUUUUAUUACUUUACAUCUCAGGGAGUUUUCCCAUCUAGAAAACAGAUAAAUAUUUGCCAAUAUUUUCACCUAGGUUUUUAACUACUUCUUUAUUUUUUUACAUUUAUUGAUUUAUCUGGAAGGUCAAGAGCUAAAUGGAGAGUUGAACAGAAUGUGAUGACGAGUAACCCAUGUGCCAGGUAGCGUUCUAUGCCAACCUUGAAUGCCAACAGGAAGUCACUGGACAGCAAACUCUUCCAAGAUCAUAACUUGGCUGUUGGAGCAACCUGGAAAAGAAGAAGAAAGAAAAACGAUGGCAAAAGUAAAUAGAGCUCGGUCUACCUCCCCUCCAGAUGGAGGCUGGGGCUGGAUGAUUGUGGCUGGCUGUUUCCUUGUUACCAUCUGUACCCGGGCAGUCACAAGAUGUAUCUCAAUUUUUUUUGUGGAGUUCCAGACAUACUUCACUCAGGAUUACGCACAAACGGCAUGGAUCCAUUCCAUUGUAGAUUGUGUAACCAUGCUCUGUGCUCCACUUGGGAGUGUUGUCAGUAACCAUUUAUCCUGUCAAGUGGGAAUCAUGCUGGGUGGCUUGCUUGCAUCUACCGGACUCAUCCUGAGCUCAUUUGCCACGAGUCUGAAACAUCUCUACCUCACUCUGGGAGUUCUUACAGGUCUGGGAUUUGCACUUUGUUACUCUCCAGCUAUUGCCAUGGUUGGCAAGUACUUCAACAGACGGAAAGCCCUUGCUUACGGUAUUGCCAUGUCAGGAAGUGGCAUUGGCACCUUCAUCCUGGCUCCUGUGGUUCAGCUCCUUAUUGAACAGUUUUCCUGGCGGGGAGCCUUACUCAUUCUUGGGGGCUUUGUCUUGAAUCUCUGUGUUUGUGGUGCCUUGAUGAGGCCAAUUACUCUUAAAGAGGAUCACACAACUCCAGAGGAGAACCAUGUCUGUAGAACUCAGAAAGAAGACUUUAAGCGGGUGUCUCCCUAUUCAUCUUUGACCAAAGAAUGGGCACAGACUUGCCUCUGUUGCUGUUUGCAGCAAGAGUACAGUUUUUUACUGAUGUCAGACUUUGUUGUGUUAGCCAUCUCCGUUCUGUUUAUGGCUUAUGGCUGCAGCCCUCUCUUUGUGUACUUGGUGCCUUAUGCUUUGAGUGUUGGAGUGAGUCAUCAGCAAGCUGCUUUUCUUAUGUCCAUACUUGGAGUGAUUGACAUUAUUGGCAAUAUUACAUUUGGAUGGCUGACCGACAGAAGGUGUCUGAAGAAUUACCAGUACGUUUGCUACCUCUUUGCUGUGGGAAUGGAUGGGCUCUGCUAUCUCUGCCUUCCAAUGCUUCAAAGUCUCCCUCUGCUCGUGCCUUUCUCUUGUACCUUUGGCUACUUUGAUGGUGCCUACGUGACUUUGAUCCCAGUAGUGACCACAGAGAUAGUGGGGACCACCUCUUUGUCAUCAGCGCUUGGUGUGGUAUACUUCCUUCACGCAGUGCCAUACUUGGUGAGCCCACCCAUCGCAGGAUGGCUGGUAGAUACCACUGGCAGCUACACUGCAGCAUUCCUCCUCUGUGGAUUUUCAAUGAUAUUUAGUUCUGUGUUGCUUGGCUUUGGUAGACUUGUAAAGAGAAUGAGAAAAACCCAGCUGCAGUUCAUUGCCAAAGAAUCCGAUCCCAAGCUGCAGCUAUGGACCAAUGGAUCAGUGGCUUAUUCUGUGGAGAGAGAAUUAGAUCAGAAACAUGGGGAGCCUGUGGCUACAGCAGUGCCUGGCUACAGCCUCACAUGACCAAUGGCCUUGAGCCCCAGAAUCUUCAGAUUUGAGAGAGGUGUGGGGCCAGCAGAUUCUUCGUGUUUCUGAAACUUUUUAUUUUGGCAGAAGUAUUGCCUUCCAAGGAAACUAUUAUUAUUGUUUUGUUAACAUAUUAAUAUUUAUAAGGGAAAAUAGCACAUAAUAAAGAAAGCUGGACUAGCCCAGAGGCUUCUCAUUUGGGAUUUGUACUCAUAACUGAACUCAUAUCUUUUGGUCAAUGGGCAUAGCUCUAUGAGAAAUGUAAGGACACAGCUGAUAUAAUUAGCUGUAAUUAGGGAUAAUUUCAAUGCAUAACCAAAGCAGAUGACACUGGGCAGCAGCUUUGUCCCAGUCUCAGCCCCUUCAUGUUCCCUCCUCAGAAAGAAAAUGGAAACAUUAACGUGUAGCUUUGCUAACCUUGUUCUGGUUAGAGAAAGGAGGUCAGCUUGGGUGUGGUGGUGAAGAGUGAAGAUGCCAUCCCUUUUUCAUGGUGGAGUUUCUCAUUAGGGUUUUACCUGGGGUUGUUAAAAGAAUACUUGAGAUUCUUCAAAAUGUGGUGAUUAAUAUAGAAAGAAACUCUUAUUUUUUUCUCUCUUAGUCUUGCAGCCAGCCCUUGCCUCUGCCCAAGGGUAGACACCACUAUGAGAAUCCAAAUAAUCAUGGAGUGCCAUGGUUGGAAUAGAUCUCAAAGGGUGGCUGGUAAGAUCUAUUUGAAAUUGUCCACUGGAAACUGAAAGCUCUUUUCCUAAGACCGGGUUCCAGGCUCUCACCUUUGUUACCAUCACAUAUAAUACUUACUCUAAAUUUAGCAGAACACACUUAGUCACAAGGACAACCUCUCAGUCUUACCUGAAAUGUUAACACCAAAACGUCUCAUUUUUUACCUUCAGAGAAAAAGCUCUUAUUUAAACGGCAGACGCAUUCCUGUUAGGAUGAAAAAAUGUUGGCAGUAUUCCAGUUGGGCAGGAACUGAAUUCUUGAAUCAGCAGGUCUCUGGUGAGAGUUUUCUUUGCAGAUCAGACAUUUAGUUUUAUCAUUACCCAAAAGAGGAUAGGAGGGGGUCAGUUAUCUGAACAAAUAUUAUGCUAGAGAUAUUCUGAAGGUGAGAUUCCUUUCUCCUUGUGUUAAUUCUUGUUCCACUGUCCACUGCUCUUCAUCUCUUUGUGGAUAAUAAUUAGAAAUCUACUCAUUGGAUUAGAAGUUGAUUCAUUCUCAAAUACUCCACUUUUCUAUGGUUUGGGAUAAUUUCUGAGUCUUCAGAUUGAAGAGGGAAGGCAUGGAGGGAAGAAAAAGUCCAGAUCCCCCAGCUUGUCUCCAACCAUUUUAAAUCCAAAGGAUUAUAAUCCUGAAUCUCACAUCAUGUCACACCUGUAAAUAGGGGCAAAUUAUGCAAUCAAUUUUAAUUAUCAGGAGUUUAAAAUCCAAAUGUUAAGGAACUGUUUUGACCCUGAAGGCUAUUUAAUCCACUGUCCCCUACAAGGCCUCACAAGUGCUGAGGAAAAAAAAAAAAAA